AAAAUGAAAAUUUUCAAAAGUUUAAUAACCUUAAUUAGUAUAGUUGGUGUUGCCUUAUCAUGUGACCAAGAUUACGAAUGCUCCACAGGGUUCCCAAUCAAUGCAUGUCAAGGAGAUCUUAAUAUUUAUAGAGGUAUUGGAAUUGAUGGAAAUGGUAAUGUUUUAAUUGCUGGUAUAUAUAAUAGCUCAGGUGGUGGUCCAUUCGGUUUUCCAGGUAUUUUCUCAAUUCCAACAAAUUCCGAUAACGACAAUACUAUUACAAAGAAGUUCGAUGUGUAUGGUGAAAUUGCAGAUGGUCCAGGCUAUACCGCUUUAGAUUAUUUUUAUACCUAUUUACCACAAAGUGAUAGCUAUUAUGUAAGAUUUAAUCAACGUGGGGCACCUCUCUUUUCAAUUUAUAACCCAAGCACCAAAACUAUUCAACCAGUAUGGAAUAUUUUCAACACUCCAUUUGUCCCAGCAUUUGAUGAAGCUAAUAACAGAUUUGUUUAUGGUUGGUAUGGAAUUUCCAUGAUCAAUAAAUUACCAACUCAAAGAGAUGAUGUCAAUUCAGCCACUUUAAUUUAUCAAAGACAAAUUGUUAAUGGAUUGGUAUUAGACGGUACUGAUAUUUAUAUGACAACUUAUGAUGGUAGAUUUUUAAAGGGUACAACAAAUUGUAAUAACUGCACACAAGAUGAACUUCAAUUACUUUUAAACGACACCGAUACAAGUACUCUUAUGGGCUUAGUUAUGGCCGGUGACUAUUUAUACUUUUCAUAUGCCGGUGGUAUCAAAGGUUAUCCAAAAUCAGGUGAUGCUUCAAGAGUUAGACAAUUAGUUAGUGAUUCUGAUAUUGUUUCAAUUGUAGCUUCAAAAGAUGGAAACUUUAUAUAUUACACAACUGAAAGUGGUGUUGUAAAAUCAGUUUCAACUCAAGGUAACCAUGCCCAAGUUAAAGUAUUAUACACUUCACAAUCAAAUCAUCAAUGUAUGACCGCUCCAGGUUUUGAAUCGGACUCCACCUGCAAAGGUAUGGUUCUCUGGUCUAAUGGUCUCCCAUAUUGCACUCCAGUAACAAAUGGUAAACCAAAUAUCUGUUUUGCUGCAUAUCAAUGUGGUGGUUCACCAACUCAAAUCUGUAAUGGUCAAUGUACAUGCUUACCAAACUUUUAUGACGAUAAUUGCAUGAGUUGUGACGGUACUGUAGAAUGGAGUGGUGGUUACCCAAAUUGUAAAUUGUAAACACUAUGGCAUGCCUAGUAGUUUAAAGUAUAAUAAAAAAAGUAUAUUUAAAUAAAGGUUUUUUUUUUAGUUAU